AUGGGUGAACUUAGUUCUCCUGUGAAUCAGACCUUGUAUAGAGGUAUCAUAGGGUCACUCCUGUAUCUCACAGCAAGCAGACCAGAUAUUGUCUUCAGUGUGGGACUUUGUGCCAGGUUUCAAUCUAAUCCAAAGGAAUCUCAUCUGAAGGCUGCCAAGAAAAUCCUGAGAUAUCUCAAAGGAACACAAGACAUGGUUCUCUACUACCCCUCUGGAGAUAACUUUGACUUAGUUGGGUAUGUUGAUUCUGAUUAUGCAUUGUAUUUGGUGGACAGGAAAAGCACAUCUGGAACGGCACAUUUUCUGGGUUCAUGUCUAAUUUCAUGGGGUACAAGAAAACAAAACUCAGUGGCCCUCUCCACUACAGAAGUAGAAUAUGUGGAAGAUACAUCUCGUUGUGCUCAACUACUAUGGAUUAAGCAGCAGCUGGAAGACUUUGGAGUGUUCUCUGAUUGUGUGCCCUUGCUGUGUGACAAUACCAGUAAACACGCAUGA